AGCACAAAAAUUCAAAUUGGCUCGCUAGGGGGUUAUGUCGUCGGCGAGCAGCGUCUGCUCAUCUAAUGACCUGGACUAUGCAGCGCUGGAAAGUCGAAUUCCACCAACAAUUCGACGCGAUGUUGAACGAUUUUCCAUGUUCAUCGCACGAUUACGUGCAUCUUUGGAUGUGAACACCAAUGUUCCAGACGGUGAAUCGAUGUGCGUAAGCGUGCAUGCUGCACUUGAGAUGGUUUCCGAAUCCAUGCGUGAUCUUUUUAAAUACCCACAAUUUAAGACGAACCAGGUCAUUUUGCCGAGUCUUCAGCUGGUCCAAAGUGUAAAAGAUCUCAAAUUCGACAGUGCCGUGGUGGAUACGACGCGAGUUCAUAAUGUCAUUGACCAACUUGAGUCAGCAGUGCUCAAUACCAUCAUAAACAGCCACGUAAUACAAGCGAGCCCAUCCAGGCACUUCACUCUAGGUCGGAGACCAAAACCUAGCUCAACUGAGGUUUACUCAAGUUGUCAUCAACGAUCUGCCACGCUACAACGACGUCAUUCUACAUUCCAGGAUAUUGAAGGAAACGAUGAACAUAAUCAGUUGAUGGAUCUUGAUCGGAUUUUGAAUGAUCGCAUUGAUGGGCUUGAAAUUGCCUUCGAAAGGACGAAAGCAUGGAGCACUUACUCGAAAGACCUGCUUUCCUACAUUCGAUCUCGACUUCAACUCGAGCAAGACCAUGCUCGUCGUGUCACCGCAUUGGUGGAAGCAUGCCGAAGAGAUAUCGCUAAGCCUUUCAUGCCCCUUCGAGAUGUGUUCGAAAGCAGCUUCGAUAGCGACAUCGACCUCGUUGGCAGGACCAAAGAGACCACAGAUCAUCUGAAAGCUCGAGUUGUUGAGGCGCUUGAUGCCAGACGAAAAGAGCACGACAUCCAGCGAGGUGCUUUGAAACUGGAAUGGCAAAAGCUGACAAAAUCUUUGCACGACUGUGAAGAUAUGGUGGAUAAAUGUCGUGUCACUCUGAAAUUACGUGAAGAAUCACUUCGGAAAGCGCGAGAAAGCACGCUUCGAACAGAAUCACUCAACAUCUCCCCGUCUAUGAGCACUGAUCCAGUGAAGCGACGUAGAGAAAUGGAGAAAAAGAAGCGAGUAGAGGAAGAAGCAAUUAUUAAGAAAGUUGAAGCUGAGAAACAAUUAGCAGUUUGCUCAGCCGAGCUCCGACGGAAACGGAAGGAACUCGAAUGUGCUAAGGAGCGGAUUGUUGAAAAAUUGCGAGAACUGGUCUUCCAAUGCGAUCAAACCACGAAGGCAUGUGCUUCACACUAUUUCAAGGCUCUGGCGACGCUGUGGGUGAAAUUACCUGGCAGCUAUCAAGAUCUGGCCGAUGCGACCAGAGACUAUCCGCCGGGCGGAGCUUACAUGGCCUACUUACAUUCGCUUCCACAACGUGCCACUAGCAGUACCAGCCUGCUAAGGGAAGGACGGAGCGAUGAUGGCAUACCGUCAUAUGAAACGGGUUCAAUGACUUCAUUACGACGUAAUGCUAUCAAUCCAGACGAUGAGGGACAGUUACCGGAUACUAAAAGGCAUAAGAAAACCAGUGUUGCUGGUCGAUUAUACGAGACAUCUGAAUUAUCGGAGACGGCUCUAUCGCACUGCGUCCAACGAACCGUACAACCGUCGAAAUGCAGUCAUUGCGAUACCCUCUCGAUUCUCUAUACAGUACAAUGUAUAGACUGCGGAGCACAAUGGCACAAAACUUGUUUUCCAAAGACUACGCAAAUAUGCGGACAAUCAGCACAAUCAGCGGGUGGAGAUCGUCGUAUGAGCAUAUUUGGAGUUUCACUUCGUGGACAUUUGGAAUUACAACAACGAAAUGUUCCACUGAUACUGGAGUUGACGAUUGACGAAUUGCAAAAACGUGGAAUGCGUGUCAAAGGCAUUUAUCGAACCUGUGGUGUCAAAUCGAAGAUUGAAGAGAUUUGUGAAGCGUUUGAACGAUGCCAAGGUGAAUCCAAGGUUGAUCUUGAGCAUGUUCAUCCGAUGAAUCUUGCAUCCGUCAUCAAGUUAUAUCUGAGAAAACUUCCCGAACCCUUGAUGACAUUUGAAGCGUAUAAUGAUUGGAUUCGGUUUGGAAAGAAAUGCACCGGAGAACCUGAUGAAGCUCAAUUAGAAGAGUUAAAACGAUUGUGUCGACGUUUGCCACGAUGUAAUUAUGAGACCUUAAAACACUUGAUGCUACAUUUGAAUCGCGUUACUUGGUUCCAUGACUCAAAUUUGAUGUGCUCGUCAAAUUUGUCAACUGUCGUGGCGCCAUCGUUGAUCUGGGAAGCUUCUGCGUCAGCUGAUCACACUGCAGCAAUCACUGAUGCUCAACAUGCUAAUAAAACUGUGCAAUGUUUCAUUACGAAUGCUUUUAGUAUUUUUGAAGUAGAUCGAGCUAAAGAUUGGGACGACUUCUUCUCAAAGUAUGGCAUAGAGCAACCACCAAAGGAAGAAGAUGCCGGCAAUGUCUCAGACGACGAAGAUCUCGUAGAUGAAGAAAAUGACUUAGAAGACGAUGAACAGCUAUUUGUUCCACAACCACCAACCCCUGAUUUGCUGAAAAGCACCAGAAGAGAGCGAGUUGAUGAGCAUAUGUCAAGUUGCCAAGACUCUCCAGAAGCCCAAAAACGACGAUACGAGAAGAAUAUUCGGAGAGAGAAACGACGUAGUUACACCACAAGCAUUUUGAUAUCGCCAAAUGCUGAACGUCCAGUUCCUUUGAUUAGACAGAAAUCUAUGGAAGAGAAUGCUGCUUUGAACAUACAAGCUGGAGAUGUGACCGUAGAAGUUUCCAAGGGUCAAUUAUUCCUGGACAGGGAUAGAGAAGGCUGCGGUCUUCAACGGCGUCAGUCCACUAAAGAGUAUUCGUCUCAGGACCUCGACUGCAACUCGACCUUCAAUAAGGAAUGUGCGAAGAGCUCGGCGCAUAUCAUCAGCAUACACAACGUCGGCGAUCUGUUCCCUGGCGCUGAACAAGAUGUAUCGUACGUUUAGCUACUGCCCUUCCGCAUUAGCAUUAUUGUCACGAAUAUCGCAUAGAACUAAGCUGUCCAUUUCCUCUCCAUGGAAGGCUGUUUUCUCACGACAUUAUGUUGUAGCACAUUUGCUUGCAUUGAGAUUAUAUCGCAUUAUUGUCGCCAUAGAAACUGGGCCACUUUUUGCCAGCUUCUCUCUAAAAGCGGGAAUCCGUAUGCGCCAAUGAGUAGACUAUACACUGCCGGAUGAGGGAGGAUAGGCAGCGGGUGGGGCAAAUAGAUCAACAGACUACAGAGCCGUUCCGUUACCAGUGCUUCUUUUCGGCAGUUAGGUCCUCUCCUGGUGUCAAUACUUGGCGGGAAAAGUGUAUUCCCUGAAUGUUUCUUUCUUCCCAAUCUACUUUUGUACAGUCAUGUAGAGUGCAGAGAAUAUAGGAGAAAAUUAAUACCGAUCAUUCGCAUCUUGCCAAAGUCGCGGCUUGCAGCUGUUUUCGUACCAGCCAUUGUUUUGUCAUUUAUCAAAAUUCUUGUCGCGCCUUCCUUGCAUCAUCAAGAUUGUCUAUAGGGUUCCAUUGGGUGUACAUAAGAACAUACUAUGUGCUAUUGAUUUGUCUUUUGUGCUUCCGUGAUUCACUGAUUGUUCAAUUCCGUUGUUUCUCGCAAUGUUUAUAUAAACUUUGAAAAG